AGUAAAGAGAGGGAUCCCAGCCCAUAGUCUGGCUGCUGCAUUGCAAACCAGUUUCCCAGCCGUCUCCAAGGGCAGCUCCACACGGAGGCCACUGCAGCAAUCCCCUUGCACCCAGAGCAUGGCAUCCCAGGACCACAUCCUCUCUGUCCCAAAGGGAUUGUUGCUGGGAAACCAGCCGAGCCGGAAAUGGGCGCUGCUACUCACUGAGCCUCCAGGGACCUUGGCAUCCAUGGCUGUGUGUGUGUUGAGCUAUCUAACACAGGCAUCCCCAAACUGUGACCCUCCAGAUGUUUUGGCCUACAACUCCCAUGAUCCCUAGCUAACAGGACCAGUGGUCAGGGAUGAUGGGAAUUGUAGUCCAAAACAUCUGGAGGGCCGAAGUUUGGGGAUGCCUGCUCCACGGGGUGAGGUGGCAAGGCUUCCCAAGACCAGCUGCUGGCAGGAGGGGAGAGGGUUGCUCUGGUGCUCAGGUCCCAAGAGAGGUAUCUGCUUGCCAUGGUGAGAACAGGAUGCUGCUGGACUAGGUGGACCCACCUAAAUUUCAAGGGAGAUUUCUUUGGAUCCACCCACCCGGCCCUCAGUGGGUUGGCCAGAUACAUACCUGGCCUUCAGAGCAAAGAAAAAGGGACCCCACCCCAGGAGCCUGUCUUGAGAGUGGCAGAGAGUCCAAACCAGCUGAGCCAGAAAUGGGCGCUGCUACUCAUUGAGCCUCCAGGGACCUUGGCAUCCAUGGCUGUGUGUGUGUCAAGCUACCGUAUCUAAUAGAAUAAUAAUACUAAAUUACCUGCCUAAAUUUCAAGGGAGAUGUCUUUGUGCCCAUCCACUUGGCCCUCAGAGGGUUGGCCAGAUACAUACCUGGCCUUCAGAGCAAAGAAAAAGGGACCCCACCCCAGGAGCCUGUCUUGAGAGUGGCAGAGAGUCUAAGUGCAAGAAAAUGAAACAGAAGCAGGGGGUGGGAUGGGGAGCAACUCCUGAGGACCCCCAAGUUUGGACCACCCACUAGAGCCAAGCAUCCAUUUUUCACAAGAUAGAAAUGACUCCCUUGUCAGUCGGUUCUGAUUUCAUGCAUUGACUGGAAGGCAGAAGAAACCAGGCUGAUUCACCUCCCAGAAAUCCCUUCAGUUGCCUCCACAUUUUGCAUUGCAAGAGGGCUAGAGACUUACUUCUUCCCCUCUUCCUCAUCCUCUUUCUUUUCAGAAAGAUAACUAUGGUUUGGGCUGUAGUGCAGUCCAGCCCUGUUUCCUAGCAAGACGCACCCAUGCUUGCUUCAGGGAACCAUUUCCUUCUGAUAUUAUACAACUUUUGUAACAGAACUUUGCUUUGUAGGAUUUGCGAGUACUUCUCAUUAAGACGGACAGAACUUGGCAGAAGACCAAAGGGUUCCUUCCGAUCUCUUAGAGGCUUCCUGAGAGCACAGAUGGAUGAGCAAGACUCAGCUGGCCUUGAAGCAGGAAGAGGCCAUGCCAUCCAAACUGGGACCAGUGGGGGAUUCUGGGAGAACCCAGUGCAGAAGAUCCUGGGUGAGGAGGACGACUUCCGCUCAGAGGUGCAGAGCCAGCAGUUGAGGCAGUUCUGCUGCCAGGAGGCCAAAGGACCCCGAGAGGUUUGCAGCCGACUCUACCACUUUUGCCACCAGUGGCUGAAGCCAGAAAGGCACACGAAAGCUGAGAUGCUGGACCUGGUGAUCUUGGAGCAGUUCCUGGCUGUCCUUCCCCCAGAGAUGGAGAGCUGGGUGAGGGAAUGUGGAGCGGAGACUAGUUCCCAGGCGGUGGCCCUGGCCGAAGGUUUCCUCCUGAGUCAGGCAGAGGAGAGAAAGCAGAGAAAAGAUCUCUUUGCAGAAAUGGGCCAGAUUUCUUCUGAGGCAGAGAGGCCUCUGUUGGACACCAGACAGAGGCAGCUGGGUGACACAGUGAUACUGGCUAGAUCUCUUCAUCCAUCUUUGAAUGGGGACAGAAGAGAAGCAGCGGCUGUGGAACCAGUUCAGGGUACAGUGUGCUUUGAAGAUGUUGCUGUUCAUUUCACAGACGAGGAGUGGGAGUUGCUGGAUCCUGACCAGAGAGCUCUGCAUAAGGAUGUCAUGGAGGAGAAUUGUGGGAUCGUGGCCUCUCUUGAUAGUGAUGGACUGGAAAUCAAGAACAAGGGUGACCAUGAUAAAAUCCCCACAACGGAGAAGCUCUAUAAAUAUAUUGAAAGGGGGGAAAGUUCCCAUUCCUCUUCCCAUCAAAUAAAUCCCAUUGGGAAGAAAACAUAUCAGUGCCUGGAAUGUGGAAAGAGAUUCAGCAAGAGCUUCCAUCUCACUUCCCAUCAAAGAAUUCAUACAGGGGAGAAACCCUAUCAGUGCCUGGAAUGUGAAAAGAGUUUCAGUCACAGCAACAGUCUCACUUACCACCAAAGAAUUCAUACAGGGGAGAAACCCUAUCAGUGUGUGGACUGUGGAAAGAGUUUCAAUUAUAGCUUCCAUCUCAUUUCCCAUCAAAGAAUUCAUACAGGGGAGAAACCCUAUCAGUGUGAGGAAUGUGGAAAAAGCUUCAGUCACAACUUCUCUCUCACUUCCCACCAAAGAAUUCAUACAGGGGAGAAACCCUAUCAGUGUGUGGAAUGUGGAAAGACCUUCGCUCAGAGCUCCAGUCUCAUUUCCCAUCAAAGAAUUCAUACAGGGGAGAAACCCUAUCAGUGUGAGGAAUGUGGAAAGACCUUCGCUCAGAACUCCAGUCUCAUUUCCCAUCAAAGAAUUCAUACAGGGGAGAAACCCUAUCAGUGUGAGGAAUGUGGAAAAAGCUUCAGUCACAACUUCUCUCUCACUUCCCACCAAAGAAUUCAUACAGGGGAGAAACCCUAUCAGUGUGUGGAAUGUGGAAAGAGCUUCAGUUGCAACUCCGCUCUGUGUUCCCAUCAGAGAAUUCAUACAGGGGAGAAACCCUAUCAAUGUGUAGAAUGUGGAAAGAGCUUUAGUCAGAGUGGCCAUCUCACUUCCCAUCAAAGAAUUCAUACAACAGAGAAACCCUAUCAGUGUGAGGAAUGUGGAAAGAGCUUCAGUCAGAGCUCCAAUCUCACUUCCCAUCAAAGAAUUCAUACAGGGGAGAAACCCUAUCAGUGCAUGGAAUGUGGAAAGAGCUUCAGUCAAAGCUCUUCUCUCACUUCCCAUCAAAGAAUUCAUACAGGGGAGAAACCCUAUCAGUGUGUGGAAUGUGGAAAGAGCUUCAGUACGAGCUCCCAUCUCACUUCCCAUCAAAGAAUUCAUACAGGGGAGAAACCCUAUCAGUGUGCGGAAUGUGGAAAGAGCUUCAGUUUGAGCUCCUAUGUCACUUCCCAUCAAAGAAUUCAUACAGGGGAGAAACCCUAUAAGUGCAUUGAAUGUGGAAAGAGUUUCAAUCACAAAUGCAGUCUCACUUCCCAUCAAAGAAUUCAUACAGGGGAGAAACCCUAUCAGUGCAUGGAAUGUGGAAAGAGCUUCAGUCGGAGCUCUGAUCUCACCUCCCAUCAAAGAAUACAUACAGGGGAGAAACCCUAUCAAUGUGGGGAAUGUGGAAAGAGCUUCAGUCACAACCACAGUCUCAUUUCCCAUCAAAGAAUUCAUACAGGGGAGAAACCCUAUAAGUGUCUGGAAUGUGGAAAGAGCUUCAGUAGGAAGUUCAUUCUCACUUCCCAUCAAAGAAUUCAUACAGGGGAGAAACCCUAUCAGUGUGUGGAAUGUGGAAAGAGCUUCACUGUUAGAUCCUCUCUCACUAAGCAUCAGAGAAUUCAUACAUAGUUUGUAAAAACCCUUCAGUAUACACUGGUACCUUGACAUCCGAACGACUCGACUUCAGAAGGUUUCCACUUCCGAAGUCGACAAACCCGGAAGUCUUUUUGCUGCAUGUGCGUUCUGCGCAUGUGCAGAACGGGCACUUUGACAACAGAAGAUUUCGAGGUACCGCUGUCAAGGUACCGCUGUAGCUUUAGACGUCACACAAAUACGCACCUUUUUAACCAGGCCUUUGGCUGUUUGACAUCUAAUGCCGUUUUUUUAUGUGGGAGCGGGGUUACAAAUGUGUAUUUUUUUUCUUUUUAUAUUGUGUUUUUAUGUUGUGACCAUCCUGAGACCUGUGGGUGUAGGGAAUAGGAGCCAACUCUUAGAGGCCCAGGGGUCUUUGUGCCCCCCUACCCCCCGGCAAUAAAAUAUCUGCAGCUGUGUAAAAUGUGAAGAAGCUGGUAAAAUGUUGGCUGAACGAGGUAACUGUUAGGUGGGUUUGACUGACCGAACCCAAACAGGACUCCUUCAUGGUUCCUCCUCAUCCUGGGGAAAAGUGACAAGAGGGGUGCUGCAGGGUUCAGUCCUGGGCCUGUUGUUGUUCAACGUCUUUAUAAAUGAUUUGGAUGAAGGAACUGAGGGGAUGUUCAUCACAUUUGCAGACGACACAAAACGGUGUGUGAAGGUCAAUGUUGCAGAAGGCAGAAUCAGAUCAAGGGAAGGAAUAGUACCACUUUAUUCUGCCUUGGUCAGGCCCCACCUAGAAUACUGUGUUCAGUAUUCUGGGCACCACAAUUUAAGUAUCUUAAAUUUUGUUUGCCACGGAAAAUCAAGAUGGUGGGGGAACACAAUCCAUAUUCCUUUUAUAACACGUGGCCAAUGUUUAUUGAUUGCAGAAUUUGUUAAGACUGUUGCAGGAAUCCACCCAGCACUCAUGGGAAAAUGUGUCGCAAUCUUUUAGAGUAAUCAAAUGAAUCUUUAACACAUGGCAGGUUGAAGGUUUGCAAUUCCAUCAGUACAAGUUAUAUGUUGUUUACAAUUAUCUUUAAAAUUAUCUUUGUACCAUGAAGAUAAAUAAAAGCAAGAUUAUUAUUAUUAUUAUUAUUAUUAUUAUUUAAAAGGUGGUGGGGCAAUCAUGUGUACUAUUUCAUUAAUCUGCUUACAUGUGUUGAGUGUUAUUUGGGGACUGUAACUCCCAGUAAUUUCACAUUAUCUAUUGUGUUUCUGUGUGUUCAGCACACAUGAUUGCAGGUGAGGCUGAAUAAAACACUUCCUAGGAAAUUCCCUUUGACUGCUUCUGUAUUGUUUCAAAUGUGACUUCACGUACAGAUAAGAACAAAUAAUAUUUAUUGCUGACAAAUCAUACCAUUGUCAGCUCAUGAAUCUCAACCCCAACAAACCCUGCGCUUAACAUGAGCAGCUGCUUUCUUCCCAUUUGUUGUUGUUGUUUAGUCGUUUAGUCGUGUCCGACUCUUCGUGACCCCAUGGACCAGAGCACGCCAGGCACUCCUGUCUUCCACUGUCUCCCUCAGUUUGGUCAAACUCAUGUUUGUAGCUUCGAGAACACUGUCCAACCAUCUCAUCCUCUGUCGUCCCCUUCUCCUAGUGCCCUCAAUCUUUCCCAACAUCAGGGUCUUUUCCAGGGAGUCUUCUCUUCUCAUGAGGUGGCCAAAGUAUUGGAACCUCAGCUUCACGAUCUGUCCUUCCAGUGAGCACUCAGGGCUGAUUUCCUUCAGAAUUGAUAGGUUUGAUCUUCUUGCAGUCCAUGGGAAUCUCAAGAGUCUCCUCCAGCACCAUAAUUCUUCCCAUUUAUUAGGUGGAAAUGACUGAUACUGAAAAGGAAGAAGGGAAAUAGACCCUUUUUCUCAACCUUUGGGGAUCUGGGGGGGCUUCCUUUCAGCCCUUAGUCCUGCUCCUGAAAGCUUGGCAGAUGUGGAGUAUUUGCUCACACAUUACCAUGACUUAAAAGCCUUUUUUUUAAAAGGAAAUGGUAUUACAGUGCUAAAAAGGCUCAAGAAACCAAUUCCUGUAGUAGUUGGCAUCUUAGCGAGCCCAAUGCUACUCUGCCCACUGUCUCACUCCCAGCUAACUAAUCUGGAAAGCUGUCCUGUUAUCUCUGCAAGGACUUCAGUGUCCCUUGAAUGAGCAAUUAAGAAUUUCUGGA